AUGCCAAUCAUCACGGACGACGGGGUCGUUCUGACAGCCAACAUGGAGCGUCUGGACGAAGACGACGUCGUGCCCGGGUGUGAUGGCGUCGGCGACGGAAACCAGCAGCAUAUUAUGAGUUUUAUGGAUUAUGAUCCGGCGAGGGAGAUGGCGCUGCCUGCUUAUGCGGCGAUGUUUAUGUUUGUGGGGUGGGAGUGGUAA